AUGAUUAAGAUACCACAUAAAACAGUCGUCAAAUACCUUGGAGUUCAUAUUGACCAGCUCAUAAGGAUAAGACAGCACCCUGACAUACAGCUCGUCAAAGCUAAAGCAGCAUUUAAGGCCAACAGUCGAAUAUUUUAUAAUAAAUAUUUAAGUAGAAAAGCAAAAAUAAUAUGUUAUCUACUACUUAUCAGGCCCAUCCUGACAUACGCCACACCAAUCUGGUGGAAUACAAGUGCCGCAGUGAUGGAAAAUUACAGAGUGUUUGAACGAAAGUGUCUAAUAGCAUGCCUUGGAGCCUACAGGUCAGCAGCCUCCAACUACAAUAAAUUUAUCAGCAAUUCAACGCUAUACAAUCUAGCAGACAUCCGAAGAAUUGACAGCCACAUAGUCCGUUUAAUUAGAGACUAUUUCAGCAAGCUACCAUCAAUUGAAAAUUCUGCGAUCAACAACCUGGCCAAGUUCACAGCCGAAGACCUAAAAAAAAGAAAUGAAACAGGCAUGCUCUCACCACAAGCGUUCCUGCCACUAGAUGAUAAAGGUCUCAUCCAAGACGAAGAUAAUGUACCAACUAUUUAUCAUUGGAAGAGACACAAAGCCUACAAAAAGAUAGAAUAUGAUGCAGACGAUCCCAAAUUUAGAUGGGUCGACUUCACCUAUUCAAAAGCCAUGCCUACUAGAGACAAAAUGGAUGAUCAUCGAAUAGAUGACAAAUAUUGGUGGCUCACCAGUGAAUCCAAACACCGCAAGGAUCUCAGAAGAAGAAUACACCCGAGUAGUGUAGUGUGA